AUGGGUUUCGAGAAGGGCGAUGCCAAGAAGGGUGCCAACCUCUUCAAGACCCGUUGCGCUCAGUGCCACACCCUGAAGGAGGGUGAGGGCAACAAGAUCGGCCCCAACCUACACGGUCUCUUCGGCCGUAAGACUGGUCAGGUUGAGGGUUUCUCAUACACCGACGCCAACAAGCAGAAGGGCAUCGAGUGGAACAACGACACUCUGUUCGAGUACCUCGAGAACCCCAAGAAGUACAUUCCCGGAACCAAGAUGGCUUUCGGUGGUCUCAAGAAGCCCAAGGACCGUAACGACUUGAUCACCUUCCUCGCUGAGGAGACCAAAUAA